AUGUAUUUCGGGGCGCGGGGCUUUUGGCCAAAAAGGAAGAUUGUGCAGACAGACGGGUUGCAAGGGGGGCAGCGGGUCUUGGAGGUUAUGCUGGGAGACUACAGCAUGGGAGAAAUGGGGGCAGUGGGUCCUCAAAGGUUCUAUCGAGAGACGCAGGUGAAGGGUGGGGAGAUGCAUUACGGCAAGUAUGAGUUCAAGGACUGCGAAGUUUAG